GCUCCUCAUCCUUUCCCUCUCUCGAGACUCCGACAAGCCGCCUCCAUCUCCGCAAUCGAUCAUGACGCCGGCGACCGCCAGGCCGCCUUCCUCAUCCUCUCCUCCUCCACUUGGAUCCAAUCGGCGACCGCUAUUGCUCCUCCGCCUGAUGUCUCGGAUGUUCGACAAUCAUCACCAUUGUUGCCAUGUCGAGGAUUUCAGGUCUCGCAUUCUCUGUUGCAAUGAUCUUGGAGCAUGGGGAUUUCUCUCGGUGACGAGGGAUUCAUGGCUUUUUAUCUCUUUUGAGCCUGCCAACCCCUGCAACUUCAUUUUGUUCAACAACAUCUUACACUUCGCAUGUAUUCCCACUGCAAACAUUGACAGAGAACAUAAAGUAGAAGAAGCACUUUUGGCAUUUGACGCAGAAGAAAAAAGAUGUGCAGAGUUGAAUGACUCUGGAGAAAAUUCAUCUGAUGAAAUUUCAGCUUAUAAGGCAGACUUCUUAAAAAGAAAAUGUAUGCUUGUGGAUUAGCUUGUUGAGAUUUCUGAACAGUCUUCUUGACAUGAAUAUCAGACGGGCAAAAAAAUGAGUACUUGACUUAGCACGAGAUGAUGACACAAUGUUCUUCUCCUCAGAAACUGGCUCACCUCUUUCUGCUGCUGCAUCAUCAAAUAUUAUGUUGAAUAGCACUGUAAAGAAGUUCAUGUGCAUUGUUGAAGUAAGUGAUUCUUCUCUUGAAAUGUGUUGCACUACUUAGUUAGUAAUUACUGUAGUAACUACUGAAAGAAAGGUUUUAUUAAUAGUUGACCAAACAUUUUGAUUUUUUACUUGUAAACCACAAAAUAUAUGUCAUGUGUAAUGUAAUCUAUUGAAUUCUCUUUAGCAUGAUUAUUUACUUCAUUUCUCAUGUGACUAGGUAAUGGAUGUUUUACUUCACAUACAGAUAAGGAGCUAACUUUUGUAACUGCAGUGCAAUGAUCUUCUUAUAAUUGACUUAUUCUGUGUAUUUCCUUGGAAUGGACGUCUCCUGAUAUUUUGUGAUAAAA